AUGUUCACACCGGAGCAACUACAGAAAGUAUGGAUGCAGUUGGCUUUACAAGGUAUGGGCGCCAAUCUGGGUGCCCUGCAAGCCUUGCAAGCCGCCAACAUGUCAGCUCCACCCGCAACAGGACCACCACCUGGCCUAUUCCCACCGAUUCCUACCGCGACAAUUCCGGUUGUUAAUCCCGGAUCGCCUACCACAUCCAAUUUGACAGCUGAACAAAUUAUCCAAACUUGUGAUCAGCUCGAAAAAGCCGAUGAUGUCGAUCGUCUGGCUCGAUUUCUCUACAGCCUACCGCCUACACUCGCUCAAGAGGUGGUGUCCAAUGAGGUGGUGCUCAAAGCCCGAGCGCUAGUCUGUUUCCAUAUGGGUGAUUUUCGGCAACUCUACAGUAUUCUCGAAAACCACAAAUUCACUCAAGGAACCCACCAAAAGUUGCAGUACAUGUGGCAAGAGGCGCAUUAUCGUGAGGCCGAGAAACAGCGUGGAAGACCCCUCGGACCUGUCGACAAAUACCGUGUUCGUAAGAAGUACCCGAUGCCGAGAACGAUCUGGGAUGGAGAACAGAAAACCCAUUGCUUCAAGGAACGAACUCGUUCAUUGUUACGGGAAUGGUACCUGAAGGAUCCGUACCCGAACCCGAGUAAGAAGAAAGAGCUAGCAAAUGCGACCGGUCUAACCGCGAUGCAAGUCGGCAAUUGGUUCAAAAAUCGACGACAGAGAGAUCGAGCAGCGGCGGCGAAAAACAAGCAAAAUGUAAUCGGGGUGGAGCUGAAGAAAACGUGCGGUUCGGAUGGAUCGGACAGCGAAGACGAGAACGACUUGAAAGACAGCAUGACCGACUCGCCGUCACCGAUUGACGAGCCGAAAGACCUUUCGUUACGACCCUCCUUUGGCGCCGAUCGACUUCUGGAGCCGCCAUCGUUCACGAUGAACCCUCUAUUCUUAUUCAAUCCAGCAUUUCUUCAGAUGCAACAGCAAUUAGCCUCACAGUUUUCGUACUACCCGUGA